GGAAUGUGAAGGCGUGCAUUAAUAAGGCGAUUACUUCGUUCUCGACGGAAGCAACAACGUUGACGCUCCUUCAGAAAAUUCAGUCGUCGAUACAAUCUGAGCUCUCAAGACUUGGCCGAGUGCCCGCGGAGCACACCUACGUACAGAGCAAGUCGAAAUGUCAUCCCGGCACUCGAGUCAGGAUGCUGGAAUCGAUACUCGAUCACUUAAAGGAACCCAAGAACCGAUUUGUCUGGCUGCGUGAAUCCCCUGGAACCGGGAAGACUGCGAUAUCUAUGAGUGUCGCGUCCACUGUUGAAAGUCAGGGUACCCUGGCAGCAUCAUUCUUCUGGGAUAAGAAUUAG